AGCUCCGAGAAGUUAUCCAAACUUUAACCAAAUUUAUGUCUGGCGUGGAAAAUCACGUUCUAGAUCUAUUUGAGGCAUUCCAUGCGAAUAUCACAGUUCUUUGGGCAAAUUAUGGACCCGACCGGUCUCAACAUUUCCAAGAAAAGUACGGGCCUAAAGGGGCGGAAUUCGCCGCAAAUCCAAAAUUAAGCAAAGAUUGUCCACGAUAUAUUGCGGAUCUUCUCGACGAAAAUAAGAAACAUCAGGAUGAAAUGUCGGAAUAUUUUUCGAAGGCCGUCGAUACUUGGAACAUAGAAUUCAAUAGUCUUUAUGCCACGUUUGUUAAUAAUACAGAAAUGAUGGCGCUUUUGAAGAUGGAAAUUUAUCAUUGUGGUAUUCUUCUCGUGCAGGAGGACUUGACGCUUCCCUUCAAUUGUGUAAACGAAGUUCUAGAGAGAGUUACGAAAGCAGAGGAGCACGCGGUUGAAGAAAUCGUCACCAAAGCUGCAAAUCUGCUUGAGAGAAACAAUAAUACCCUGACGAGCUUGCACCACUCAAUCCAAGACAGAUUCAUUCCAUAUUUCUACAACGAAACUGGGAUAGAUAUGUGGUUGUCGAUAUACUGCCCGGACGAACAACAGAAGGCCAGUUCGUGAAGCAUCAGCAAGCGGCAUGGAG